UCCCGUCCUCAGCCUCUCCUUCCCGGCUGGCUCCAGAGGACAUUUCUUUUCGCUCCUCCGCGCACCGUCCGCUCCUUAAUAUGGACCAGGGCGCCUGGUUUGUCUCGCUCAAGAUUCCUGCAACGUAAAGGCUGCCGAGAUUCCGUCCCUCCGGUUGGUUUUGAGCGAUUCGCCUGCCGAAGCUCCGAAACGCCCUAAAACGAGGAGGAAAAUGCCCACGCAGGUCAAUGGCCCAAAGGGCGCUGCGUCCAUCAGCCACAGCGAUGACGAUCUGCAUCUUGGGGACGAAGUUAAAUCUUUCCUGAGUGAUGAGCUGCAACUCCAUCGCUUUGAUGACCUGACCAAAGUGAAUCCAGUAACCACCACAACCGUCCUGAAGUGCCUCCAGGCGCGAUACGCCACCGAUGUGUUCUACACCAACGCCGGCUGCAGCCUCGUGGCCGUCAACCCCUUCCGUCCCAUCCCGCCUCUCUACUCUCAGGAGCUCAUGAAAGAAUACCACACCGCCGCCCGCCUUCAGGAAUUAAAACCGCACGUUUUUGUGGUGGCAGAGGAAACCUACAGGAACGUGGAAAGCCAGAUCCCACCAGUAAACCAGUCCAUAAUUGUUAGCGGUGAAAGCGGCGCUGGGAAGACGUGGACGUCCCGUUGCUUGAUGAGAUUUUAUGCCACCGUUGCCGCGUCAUCCACCCCCCAAAAAGGCAGCGUAGCCGUGGAGAGGAUAGAGAAGAGGGUCCUGGACUCCAACCCGGUGAUGGAAGCUUUCGGAAACGCAUGCACCCUGCGGAAUAGCAACAGCAGCCGUUUUGGGAAAUACAUCCAGCUUCAAUUAAACAGAUCUCAGCAUCUAACCAGCGCUUCCAUUCAGACAUUCCUCCUGGAGAAAACAAGAGUUGCCUACCAAGCCCCUCGCGAAAGGAACUUCCAUAUCUUUUACCAGAUUGCAAAGGGUGCCACCCCGUGGCAGCGACUGGAUUGGGAUCUCCCAGAAGGCGCAAACUUCUCUUGGCUGCCGAAUCCCGAAAAGGCUCUGGAAGAGGACUGCUUUGAUGUGACCCAAGAGGCCAUGUCCCACUUGGGCAUCGAUGCUUCCACACAGAAUAAUGUUUUCAAGAUAUUAGCGGGACUUCUCCACUUGGGCAACGUCCGUUUCUCGGAAUCGGAAGACGAAUCGCAGCCCUGCGAGCUAGAAGAUUGUGCCGAAGCUUUUGCCAAGUCCGCUUCAAGGUUGUUAAAAGUGCCUGUGGAGGAGCUGUCAGACACGCUGCGGAUCCGGACGAUCAUAGCCGGGAAACAACAGCAGGUAUUCAAGAAGGCGUGCCCCAAGGCAGAGUGCGAGACCAGGAGGGACUGUUUGGCCAAGGUGAUCUACGCCCGGAUAUUCGACUGGCUUGUUGCCGUGAUCAACGGAAGCAUUUAUGCAGACCCUUCCGUGUGGAACAAUUUCAUAGGGCUGCUGGAUGUUUACGGCUUUGAAUCUUUCCCGGAGAACCACCUGGAGCAGCUGUGCAUCAACUACGCCAAUGAGAAACUGCAGCAGCAUUUUGUCGGCCACUUCUUAAAGGCCCAACAGGAAGAGUACGCCGCCGAAGGCUUGGAGUGGUCUUUCGUCAACUACCAAGAUAACCAACGUGGCCUGGAUGCGAUUGAAGGCAGCCCUGUCAGCAUCUUCUCCCUGCUGAACGAGGAAUGCCGCCUCAACAGGCCCUCCAACGCCGGGCAGCUUCAAACUCGGAUCGAGAUUGCUCUGUCCGAGAACCCGUGCAUUAGCAGGGACAGGCUGAGCAAGGAGCCAAACUUCACAGUUUCUCAUUAUGCCGGCGAUGUCCGCUAUAGGGUGGAAGGGAUGGUGGAGAAGAACAAGGACCCCGUUCCCCCAGAACUGGUGCUCCUGCUGCAGCAGUCCAAGGACCCCUUGCUGCAGAAAUUAUUUACGAGCCAAAAAACGGACGGAGACGACAUCAAGAGCCAGGCGAAACCCACGGUCGUUACGGUGGUCUCCAAAUUCAAGGGCUCCCUGGAACAGCUGAUGGAGAUCCUGCACAGCACUACGCCCCACUACAUCCGGUGCAUCAAGCCCAAUGCAGACUGCGAGGCGGCCCUGUUCCGGAAGGACGAGGUGCUGUGUCAGCUGGAGGCGUGCGGCAUCGUCGAAACGGUCAACAUCAGCGCCGCCGGCUUUCCCGUUAGGCUCUCCUUCAAAAGCUUCCUAGACCGUUACGAGGUGCUGAAGAAAUCUGGUCGGCCACCGUCCAAAGCCGCGGGCCAGGAAAACGGCUUGCCCCCCUUUCUGGGCAACGGCUGGACAACAGCUCCUUCCGUGGAAGAGGAAGGCGACGCUUUACGCUGUGUGGCUCAGGGCAUCCUUUGGCAACUGUGCCUCGGCGUGCCGGCCCUCAACCCUGCAAAAAGCAAACCCGGGAUCACGCCAGCAUACUGCGGCAAAACCAAAGUAUUUCUGACCAACCCCACGUUGGAGCUACUGGAAGCUCGGCGAACCGGCGUCUUAUCGGAGAAAGCGUCCUGCAUCCAGCGUUGCUGGCGACGGUUUAAGAGGCGGGAGCUGGCGAAGCAGAGGCGCUCUGCCACCGUCAUCCAAUCAGCUGUUCGCUCGUGGCUAGCCCGGGAACGUUUCCAGAGGCUGCGAAAGGCCGCUACGGUUAUCAAAAGGGCUUGGAAGAAGUGGAAGGCCAAGAUGGAUGUACUCGCUGCAGAGGAAUUAGAUGACACUGAAGGGAAGCCCCUCUCCUCGUUCCCUGGGGCCACCGUUGCCUCAAGCCGGACUCGUCGUGAAUUGGAAAAAUCGCAGCCACGGAGCGCCAUCAUCCAGUUCUGGCCCCUUGGGCUUGUCCUUGCAAGCGGCCCUGCAACCAUGGGCAGUUUCCAGAGAGACCUCGCCCUCCUGACGUGCCUCCAAGUCCUACAGAAGAAUGACUUUUACGAGCCAGGCACCAAGCCGCCCACGCACGGCAUCACCUCCAUCAGAGCACUCCCGCAGGGCUCCGUCAAGUUCCGUUGCAGGAAGUCGCCGCUGCUUUACACGGAAAUGAGGCCGCACAGCCACGGCUGCGCUGUGACCGGGUUCAACCAGAUCCUUCUCGACCACCACCAGCGCCUCUCUGCUUGACCGGGCACUUUAUCCAUCAAAGUAUUUAUUGCACUCUUACCUCCCUUUCUCAGCCAAAGAAAAUCCGCUGGACGCUUUUUCUGCCGCGGCGUUUUAAUGCCCUUUUCUUCUGGAACGGUUUAGAUCAGCCGGAUUUCUCACCCCGGGGUCAUCCAGGUGUUUUGGAUUCCAACUCCCAUCAGGCCCAGCCGAUGCCCAGGAAUGCUGGGAGUUGCAGUCCAUCACAUCUGGAGGGUGACAGGUUGAGGACGGCUGGUGUACAGUGUCAAAAAGUUCUAGUCCCCACUCGGCCAUGAAGCUGCCUGGGUGACUUUCGGCCGGU